GCAAGCUGAAUUACAUAAAUCAAGUGACAAUUGUAAUUUGUUGUGACAUUUGUAAGUUCAUAAUGGUACGUGUCACGCUAUGUUAAUUAAGUUUGAAAUAUGAGAUGUAAGAAAAAAGUGAUCAAAAAUUAAGUUCUUUUGGAGCGUUAAGUCCAAAGGUCAAUUAGAGCGCAAUAUCAGUCCAGAAAAGUGGAUGAAAAAUGUCCAUCCAUCCAUCGAGAAAUAUGCUUAAAGUAAACGCUUACUUUUCAAGCGACCUUCACGGUAUUGCCGCAGUCAAAAAUACGCGGCGACUGUUUGGUUGGUAUAGUGACGACCCACUCUCACGCGGAUUCAUUAAUUUCCUAUCACAAAUAAGAAAAAAGAAACGUGAAAUUAAUUUGUUAAGUAACAAAAACAAAAGGAAAAGGAAACUGACAAGAAACGCUAAAGUGGUUCCUUCCUUGUACUCAAAAAAACGUUAAUUUACAGCUCAGAAUAAGUUUUUCUGUUUACCGUAAUUUCGACCCAAUAUUUUUACGAAUAACAAUUUAGUCCAAAACCUCUUUGAUAUAUUGCAAUUUAAUACCCUAAUUAAGUCUUCUUAUCUAGUAAUUUGGUUUUAUUUCCAUGACCUACAAUAUAAGAUAAUAGUCAUUAGUGCUAGAUAUAAAGACUGAAUUAGGGUAUAUAAGAUAUAUGGAAUGCUAAGAUUACAAAGAGAUAGAGAAUCAAAAAAAGGAAAGAAUUAAGGGGCAAAUAUGAAAUAAUUAAAAACAAGGGAGCCAAAGGAACAAUGUAAGAAAAGCAAUAAAAUUAAAAACAAAACCCUCAAAAAGAAGAAAGCGGAGACUCGUUAGCUUUUUCCUGCCUCCUAUAAAUUGAACGCGACUUGCAGAACCUUUCCUCAUCGUCUCCGUCUCCUCUCUCUCUAUCCACGAGAAAGAGCAGAAAAAAAACAUAUAGAAAAGAAGAAUUUAGAUACAAUAGAUUCUUCAAGGAAAUGGGGAAAUACACGGAGAUGUUGGACGUCGGCGUGAGAAUCGCUGCGAGGUUUCAUUCACACUGUCCUCAGACGGCUCGUCUUUAUUACCAUCCUCCAUCCGACAACCAUCACCAUCACGGCGGAGUCAAAGAUUUAAUCGGAGGUGGUGGGGUUCUUGGGUCAGGUCAAAAUUCGACCGGUUUGGUUGGUGGUUUAGGAACCGGAACCGGAACUACUGGUGGUUGCGGUAUCAAAUCUUCUCAAGUGUAUGAUGACGCUAGAGAUCUCUUGUUAUUCUCUGUUGUUUGAUUUAAUUUAUUUGACGAACACAAAAAAUUAUUAUAAUUUUUUUGGUUGGUGUUGGAGAGAGAUUUCAUGAGCGUUUGGUUGUGUUUUCAAUUAUUAUUGAGAAAAUUGUAUGUUCUUGAGAGGAUUUGUGAUACUAUUUAAUCAUCUCUGGAUUCCAAAAAUUUCUGGGGAUUAUUGGAUGUUGAUGAGAAAUUAAUUUGAUUCAUUAUUUUUGUUUGACUUCGUUCGGAUUUAGGUUGCCGCAUCUUUGGUUUAAACCCUAAAUUUAUUGUCGAAGACUUUUACCCUUUGGGGCCAUAUUAAAUUCCUUGCCUACGGCUGCAACUUGAUUAUGAGCUGUAUAAUCUUUUAAAUUAUCUGCAAAUCUGCAAUCUAUUAUUAUAAUAGUGGGAUUCUUAAGAACAUAUCAACAAUUAGAUCAAAGAUAUCAUUCGUUGAACCACAC